AUGGGCGCUCAAACCGAGGGAAUCUUGACCCGCGGGAAGGCCGCUGCUCUUGCGGCAGCAGCAACAACAACAGCAGGCGUAGGGAGUUCCCCGAGGAGUGGUAUGGACAAGGAUGAUACUACUCCAGUGGAGGAUGCUAAUGGACCUGCAACUGCCGAUAGCGAGAAUGCUGUAAUACCCAGCGUUAAAGAGCAGCAACCUAUUGAAG